CGCCCAUUUUCUAUCGGCACAUUUCGAUCAUGACUCGACGCGGCAUCUUCUUGCUUUUUGAGGGCGUGGACCGCUGUGGCAAGACGACGCAGACCAAGCUGCUCCAUGACGCGUUGAACGCUUCUUCUCCACAUCAACCCUCUGCUCUACUCCAUUUUCCGGACCGCAGCACGGCCAUCGGCAAGAGUAUCCACUCGUAUCUCACGAGCUCCGAGGCCAUGGACGACCACGCCAUUCACCUGCUUUUCUCGGCCAACCGCUGGGAAGCAGCCAGCAAGAUCGAGUCAAUCCUGGCCAGUGGUCAGCACAUUAUCAUGGAUCGCUAUUCGUUCAGCGGCGUGGCCUUCUCCGCCGCCAAGAGCGGCAUGUCACUUGACUGGUGCUGGGCUCCCGAGAUCGGGCUGCCCAAGCCCGACGCCGUCAUCUUCCUGGACGUCCCAGUGACCCAAGCGUCCACCCGUGCUGACUUUGGCCAGGAACGGUACGAAACUACAGCCUUCCAGGAAAAAGUUUAUCGCAAUUUUUACGACAUCAUGGAACGCGCGACGCCCAAGUGGCACGUCGUGGACGCCACAGGCACGAUCGAGCAGGUGCAGGAGAAGGUGAUGGCAAUUGCCAAAGAGACGAUUGCCAAAUACUCAGAGUCGCCACUGAACCACUUUGAAAAAUUGUGAGAAAACGAAAUAAACCAUUAGUGAAAAGCU